AUGGUUCAUUCAUUUUCAAAUGUAACUAAACUACUAGUUGGGACAAUUAAAAAUAGUUUCAUGGGAGUCUUUGCUGUGGGUCACAUUGAGCUGCGACAUGCAUCAGGGGCGUCUUUAGGAGUCAGUAUCAUGACCAAAAUCAAGAACUACAAGACUGCCCCUUUUGACAGCCGUUUCCCCACCCAGAACCAGACCAGGAACUGCCAGCAGAACUACCUAACCUUCCACCACUGUGAGAAGGCAAUGACUACUAAAGAGGGUGAUGUCUCUGUGUGUGAAUGGUACCAGCAUGUGUACAAGUCACUCAGCCCCAUAACCUGGGUCUCAACUUGGGACGACCACGAGGCUGAAGGCACUUUUCCCAGGAAGAUCUGA